AUGGACAAAAAAGUCAAGUUUCUGCACUCUCAGCAAUUCACUACUCAGGUCAAAACACAAUGGCGGCGAAUCAUGUGGGAUCUCCGAGGCGAGUCUUUGAGCCAGUAUCGACGGAAGCUCGAGUUGCAUCUUGAUGCCAUCAAUCUUUUCUUGAAUACGCUCAUAUGGUAUGCCAUGUAA